AUGCAAAUCAUUGAGAAAGUCCAAGUUGAGCCCACAGAAGAUACCUCUGAAGAGGUUCGUCAGAAGAACUAUCCUGUUGAUGACUUUCCUCUCUGGUCCAAGAAGGACAAUCCAACAAGCAUUCUGGAAUAUGUAAGAAUGCUCAGAAGCAAUGGAGAUAAAAUCACUCUUGAAGAGUUUGUCAGGACUCUUCCUGACAGUCCUUCUGAGAUGCCAACAAGGAGAGCAAAGAAGACAACCAGCAAGCCUUCAGAUCCCAAGGGCAAAGGGAUUCUGAUCGAAGAACCUAAAAGGAAGAAAGCUGCAUCCAAGUCGGUAGUCAUCAGGGAAUCAGUUCCAGAACCCUCUCCUGAAAGAACUCCAGAAGAGUCAUAUGAGGAAUCUCAAUCUUAUUCCUCUGAGAGCCCUAUGGAUUCUUCAUCUGGAACUCAAGAAGAAGAAGUUCCACCUAGAAGGAAUGUCAAGAGGAAAGCAAUUAUUGAAGAAUCAUCUGAUGAGGAAACCGAGGACGAUAUUCCUCUGGUAAAAAGGCAGAGAAUUCAAAAAGCCCAAGUUCAAGAAGAAGUUGAGCAGGAUGACUGUGAAAUCAUUGAGAAUGUGCUUCAAGUCAUAAGGGAAUCAGCAGAAGGUGAAGAAUCCACUGAUUCAGAUAUUGAACCCAUAGGCAAGACGUUGAAACUGCCUCUGAAGGGUCCACUUCAGAAGAAGGAGUCAGGACCAUAG